AUGGCAGAUUUUGGGAACCCAAGAAAGAUUCAUUGCACCAUGAGACUCACCUGUACCCUACUCAUUAUGGGACUGUGCUGUGUAUCACCUUUCUUCUGUCAAAGCCAAAUAGAUCUCCUGGCUCUGAACCAAGCAGAUCCUCAAUGCUGGGAAUCCUCUUCAAUGCACCUUUUGAAGAUGAGGAAGCCACCCAUUUCUAACACUGUAGAAGGAUUUUGGGACUUUAUGAUCCACCUGAAAUCAUCUGGGAACUCGCAGCAUUGGGCCCUCUUUUGGGACCUGGCUCAACUCUUCUGGGAUAUCUAUAUAGACUGUGUGCUCUCCAGGAACCAUGGCCUAGGAAAGAGACAGCUGGCUGGAGAUAAAGAGAAACUAUCCACAACCAAUUUACAGCACACAGGAAGUACAUAUUCUCAGUUGCUAAGAGCCCCACUCCUGAAGAAGAAAGAGUUGAUUGAAGAUCUGAUGAGCAUCCAUAAGCAUAAGAGUGGGUCUAGAUUAAUUUGAAGAGUUACCAGUGACCUACGAAUAAAGAGAAA